GCCUAAAUGACAGCAAUUUCCCGCUUCUCCACCACUCAUCGUCUCUCUGAUCAAUCUAACAAUCUCCAUCUCCUUCACAAUCUCUCAUUUUCUCGUUUCAGUAUCUCAGCCAUAUCCCAAACCUUUCUUCGUCCCGAGAAUCCAGUAAGCAAAUCAUCACAAGACCACCAACACGCAGACCCAACACCAAAGCAGACACAGAAGCUGCAAAGUCAAUUGAUUUCCCUCAUAAAAUCAUGCUUCCAUCAGACCCGCUUGCUCCAAAUCCACGCCUACCUCCUUCGUACAUCCUUCAUUCUGGAUCCCACCGUUGCCCUCCACUUCUUGUCCCGAAUCUCACUCUCUCCGCUGCGCGAUUUGCGAUAUUCCCGCAAAGUUUUUUCUCAGAUAGAAAACGCAUCUGUGUCUCAGUACAACACGUUGAUUAGAGCUUAUUCGAUGAGUAAUUCUCCGGAGGAAGGAUUUCUUCUAUACCGAGAAAUGAGGCAAAAAGGUUUGCCACCGGACCCUGUAUCAUCAUCGUUCGGUCUCAAGUGUUGUGUGAGGUUUUCUUGUUUAGUUGGUGGUGAACAGAUUCAUGGUAUGAUUUUCGGAUAUGGGCACCAAUUAGAUAGUCUUUUGCUCACUACUCUGAUGGAUUUAUAUUCAAUUUGUGAGAAGGGUGGUGAAGCAUGUAAAGUGUUUGAUGAAAUACCGCAAAGAGAUACUGUUGCUUGGAAUGUGUUGAUUUCUUGUUACAUGCGUAAUGGUCGGACACGGGAUGUCUUAAGCUUGUUUGAUACUAUGAAAAACACAUCUUCUAGUUGUAAACCGGAUGAUGUUACUUGUUUGCUUCUACUUCAAACCUGCGCCAAUUUGGGUGCAUUGGAGUUUGGCGAAGGUGUUCAUAGUUAUAUACUUGAGAAUGGCUAUGGUGAUCAACUUAAUUUGUGUAACUCACUUAUAUCGAUGUAUUCCCGGUGUGGGUGUUUGGAUAAGGCUUAUGGAGUGUUCAAUGGAAUGCGAGAGAAGAAUGUGGUUUCAUGGAGUGCUGUGAUUUCUACUUUUGCUAUGAACGGUUAUGGAAGAGAUGCUAUCAAUGCAUUCAGAGAGAUGCAGAAGAUGAGAGUUUUGCCUGAUGAUCAAACUUUCACUGGAGUUCUUUCUGCUUGUAGUCACUCUGGAUUGGUUGACGAGGGAAUGGCAUUUUUCGAUCAAAUGAGCAAAGAUUUUGGAUUAAAGCGUAAUGUACAGCAUUAUGGGUGCAUGGUUGAUCUUUUGGGUCGUGCCGGUUUGUUGGAUAGGGCUUACCAGCUUAUAUUGUCAAUGGAGGUCAAGCCAGAUGCAACAAUAUGGAGAACAUUACUGGGAGCUUGCAGAAUUCAUGGCCAUGUUACCCUUGGGGAAAGGGUAGUUGAGCAUUUGAUUGAACUUAAGGCUCAAGAAGCUGGGGAUUAUGUUUUAUUGUUGAAUAUGUAUUCCUCUACCGGAAACUGGGAGAUGGUGGCAGAACUGAGGAAGUUUAUGAAGGAGAAAGGAAUGCAGACCACACCUGGCUGUAGUACAAUUGAGUUGAAAGGAGUUGUGCAUGAGUUUGUUGUGGAUGAUGUUUUGCAUCCACGAAAAAAUGAUAUUUAUCAGAUGUUGGAUGAGAUAAAUCACCAGCUGAAGAUUGCUGGUUAUGUUUCUGAAAUCAAAUCUGAAUUGCACAAUUUAAGUCCAGAAGAGAAGGGCUUUGCUCUCUCUUACCACAGUGAGAAAUUAGCUAUUGCUUUUGGGAUUCUUGCAACUCCACCUGGCACAACAAUUAGGGUGGCCAAGAAUCUGCGCAUAUGCGUUGAUUGUCAUAAUUUCACCAAAAUCCUAUCAGCUGUAUAUAAUCGAGAAGUAAUUAUUAGAGAUCGUACUCGGUUUCACCAUUUCAAAGAAGGACACUGCUCUUGUAACGACUAUUGGUAGGUAUAUUGAAAGAACCCAGAUUAGCAGCUCAGCAGAUGCACGACGCACGGACAAAUUGAGAAAUGUUCUGUGGGUAGGAAUGGCUUGAGUAUCAUUUGCCGUUCUUAACAAUUCCGGGUGGAAGCUUCUUCAAUUCCAAAUGGGAUUCCUUGAAUCAUUAGUCAUAUUGGCAUGUCAGGUAAGCUACCUGCUAGCUUGCUAUAUUAGACAUUACAAGCUUUUUGUUGUUAAGAGUGGAAAUGCAGAUUCAAAACUCUGUCAAACAGUCCAGUGACCUGCAGAGAUGAUUCUCCACAGACCUUAACUUCAUUGAUAUUCUGUCGCUUGGAAAGCUCAUAUAAUUGACAUAGAUAUUGUCUAUCAUCUUGAUUAACUUCAGACCUCUGAUUAUAGAGCAAUGGGAUUGCAGCUGCUACAGCAUUACUCAUUUAUUCUUUUUGGAUUUGUAGUCUCAACAUCAUGUUGGUGUUUAGUGGUCUAAAGAUCAUAUCUUUUUAUGGAUGAAUUCCUGUUUGUCAUACCAAGCUAAAAGUAGUUUUAAGUAUUUAGUAGCCUGUGAGAAGAAACUUUCUUGUAUUCUUCAAAUAGGAUUGGGAACAUGUGAUGAUCGACUUAUUUUU